GAUAGCGCUUCGCAUGAAGUGUUUCGAAACACUUUGUAAUGGUUAUUUGAUGAAUACGUGGGUGUCAUGAGACCAAGGGUACUAUCGGUCGGUGUCAGCACAGAAACCAGUAUAGCUGUUGAUUACGGUUGGAAAGGACUUAUUGCUCUUGGCAGUUUCACCAACAUACUUAUAGUUGACCCUUGUUUCAGUAAAUCUUUGCAGUCACUUCAGGGGCACCGCGCUAACAUAGUAAAUGUUUUGUGGGCUCCUGAAAAUUACUAUCAUGAUGAUAAAAACCCUUUUCAAUUAAAACUUGCCAGUGUUGACGCGUCUGGAGUAAUAAUUAUUUGGGAUGCUACUACGUCCUCUGCGACCUCAGAGUUUCGUGAGCCAGAUUCACUCGUUUUGGAUAUAAUAUGGCUACCAAAUCAGUGGGUUUCACGUGAUUUGUUAGCUGUUCUCCACUCUCGUGGUAGAUUCAUUAUCUGGAACACACAAACCCAAACAAGAUUGUGGAAGUACUCUUUUGGAGACGAUGUGGUUUCUUUUUCUUUGGAUAUAUUCUCUAAUUCAAAGAUGAUUUUUUGCUCAAAGGAAUAUUUCAUUGUGGAAAAUUUCAAUGUCACUUCGUGUGCCUUUGGAAAAGGCAGGAAACUAAACAUCUCUGAGGCUGGUAGUAACAAGUGUUUUGUUAAUGAAAUAAACUCACAUGGGACAACAUCAGGAGAAACGCCAGUAAAAUUAUCGUACAGUGAACAAAAGGUCAGCCCGGGGAACUCUGGAAGGGCAUGUGAUUCUUCGAGUGAUAGUGCGAGAACAACAUCUAUUAGAACAUGUUUGCAGGUUACUUACCAUCGAUAUCACAAGGACUGUGCGCUGUUUGUUUUUAGGAGGGAGAUUAUUAUUGUGAAUCUGGGAUUGAUCCGUCCACUUCAUGUCAUUUAUCUAGAUCCUUCUUGGCCUUCUUUCUCACGUGUUUAUUCUUGCACUCAACGUGAUGUCAUCAUUUGCCUACAUGAAAAUGGUAAUUUAAGCGUAUAUGCUUGUCGUGGUCUUGCUUUAGCAGCAGAUCCUUCUCUUCAUCCUUCUCAUUUACUGCGAAAACCUAGUAAAGAAUCUUCUGAUAUCCACGCUGAUAACAGCUGCACUUAUGUUCUUGUUGCAACUGCUGCUUCUUCUAGACGCCCAAAACAAGUACAUCAUGUUAAUUUUUCUGUGGACCAAAUGAAUGAGUUGAAUAUUGUCGUAGCUUCAAUUGAUGGGCGUUUCCAGUUUUGGCAACUGCGAGCUGUUCGAGACUCAACUUUUUGUGAUGAAGAGAUGAAACCAAUUUGGAGCCUUUCAGAUCUGCUACCACAUGCACCUGUUGUAGAUAAGCCUCCAAUGAAGUUGUAUCUCGAAUUAAAUGGCCUAUACUCUCCAAGUAGAUCAGAGCCAACACUGUGUCGCGUAUGUCCACCGAAUCUGAUGGGACUUUCAAUGGUAGACUCAAUUCGUGGUCCAUUAGUGUCUGUUGGGAAUAAUCGUGGUGACAUCCAGAUUUGGGAUGUAUCAUCAGCUAUAUUAUGGCGUGAAUAUCGUGUACUACCGGUACCUAUCAAAGGAAUUGAAUGGAUAGCAAUACCUCGAACAAUUUAUAAAAAUAAACAAAUCAGUGAAGAUUCUUCGAGACCAUCAUCAUGUGAAUAUUCAUUAGGUUUAAUUGUUCAUGGUUGGCAAUCCAAAGAUGGUCACCAAAGUUCUCUUACUGAAAAUUCAUCGAAUAGAACAAAUACAAUAGGAAGAAAUGUUGUUACUACACUGGACUUAUCAACAGGUUAUAUGCGUAUAUUUCGUGAUAUUUCAAAUCAAAAUAUUGACAAGACAGGUCCUCGCAUAGGAAUCAGUGUUCCCGGUAGUCAACUUUUAUCUGGAUCCAACGAUCAAGAAAAUCUUUUUGAAGGACCAAUUGACAUUCUUUGUGUUAGCCACUUAAAUCAAUACGUUGGUAUAGCAAUUCGUAAGAGUCCGGUAGAAAUAUGGAAACUAUCUACUUCUUCUUUAAUAGUUAAACUACCUUUGCUACCGGAUAUAACAGCUGUUGCUUUGGACUGGUGUCAUUCGCCAACGAAAUAUCAACGAAGUCGUAAGAUUUCAGACAAGAGUUCUAAAUCUGAGGACUAUGUUCAUUCAAAAGAAUCUGCUCGUACUCGUGAAUCAUGUAUUAUAUGCACUUCGGAUGGUAAUAUUCGCUUGAUUGCAGUGAAUAAUGAUUCAGUAGAUAGCACUUCAGUUUCAAAUACAAUUUUAAACGGUCUACCAACUGUUAGUUUAAAUCGAAUUAAUUCAGUUGCUUGGUUCUCUGAUUUGGUUGCUUUUGGCACUUUAGAUGGUUUUGUAGCUGUUCGAGAUUUACAUAGUAAAAGAACAUUGUUUAGAACAACUUGUUCAAAGUCACAAUCAAAUUAUUUUGAUCAAGCCCUUGGUACUUUUAAUGAACAAUAUUUCGACCCAGAUAUAAUGUUGGAAACAAAUACUCCUGUUGUACAUCCUUCAUUGAAUAUUCGACGUUUAUGUUUUACACCGGGUUUAUCGACUUUUACUCGACUUCUUAGUUUGCAGUUUGAUUCCGUAUGUGUUUGGGAACCAAGACAGAUGCUCCUUUUAUGUAUGAUUGAAUUUGGUGUAUCAGUUCAUCAUUCCUUAAUUUGUGCUGAUUGCGUUUCUGUUGUUACUAAAUUAUCAGAUAGAGCUUUGUGUAUUCUUUUGGGUGGAGAUGGUGCUUUACGACUUGUACAAGCUGGUCAAGCUAAUUAUGAAAUGACAGUUGUUAAUUAUUCUAAUCAGUCAGUAAACCUUGGGAAUACAAUUACUCGUGGAACUACUUUACAAGAUCCGAUUUCAAAAUUUUACAUUCAAAGUCCAUUGCCAGAUAGACCUGACAUUCAAGAUCCUGUUUUAGUCCCGUCGUUACUUCCAUCCAUCACUGCCCUAAAUAUUCGACAUCUCUUACAACAUCAACCGUGGUGUAAAAAGUCUCAAAAUAUCCCUUCGAUUAAAAAUGAGAAUUUAUUGAUUGAUAUAGCUUCUAGUUCUCAAGCGUUAACAUGUGAUCAGACUACCAUAGCUAAUACUGAAUCAGACCAAAGCUCUUAUUCUAGUAGUGACUGUUCUCUGCUUGCUCCUGGUUUUGCAAAGAUUCAGAAUUCUGUAAAUAUAUUCCUAUAUGGCCUCAAAACAAGACAUGAAUUAUCUACCAGUUUUAUGAACCUGUCGAAUACUACCAUUAUUGAACGUUGUUUAUGGACUGCUCAAUUAUUUGGCGAUGUAUAUGAAGUAAAAUUUUGGCGAUUGGUUGCAAAUCGUUUACUAUACAAAAAAGCUUUACAUCACAAUCCACAACAAUUAAAUAACCAGUUAUGGUCUCGGUAUUUUUUAGAUUUAUCUUGGGAUUUUUUAGCUGACUGUGAUUUAUAUCGUCAGAAUGUUGAAAAGUUUAUAUCAUAUAUGGAAAAGUCGCAUAAUUCACCUACUGAAAUUAUGGAUUGUGUUAAUACACUGAUUAUGGUCGGUCAACAGGAUCGUGCAGUUUCUUUACUACUGGAAACACCUGCAGAUUCAAGUAAUUAUUCUAUAAAUAUGUAUCGUGCUUGUUUGUUUACGGCAAAUAUUGCUAGAAAAUCUCUUCUGUCCGAGUCUAGCGUAAAUCAACCAGCAGAAGAUAAUUAUUUAAGUGUAAUAAAAUUAGUUGCUACAAAUUUACUUUCUAAUGGAAAAAUUAAUGAUGGUAUUGGUUUAUUGUGUCUUAUUGGCUUACAAGUUGAUGCAUGCCGUUACUUAGAAUCGUUCGAUCGAUGGGAUCGUUCUGUAUGGUUAGCUAAGUGUACAUUAUCAAUUGAAGAACAUGAUAAAGUAAUGAGACGUUGGGCGUCCUAUUUAGCUUCAUCUCAGGUUAAUCGAAAAGAUUUAGCUAUACUCAUUUAUGUUUAUUUAGAAGAUCAUUCUAAUGUCUUAAAGUUACUUUUUAAUCUUAAACAAUAUCAGUUAGCAGCUAGAUACCUGGAAGCAUGCCGUGAAUUAAGCUUAUUGAAUACAACUAAAGAAACAGGUAAGUAUUUUGUCUUUUUUGUUUUAAUAAAUUGGGAUUAUUAUUAUUCUCUCUCAUAUAGAGAUUUCGUUUAAAAAAUCUUUUCUUAUUUGUUUGGUGCAUGUGUAAUCAAGGAAUUAAGCUUGUGAUGAACAGUGUUUGUUGAUAAAAAUAACAUCCAGUUGUUUCAAUUUCACUUAAUCAAUUAACAAUGAAAUUUUAGACUUGUAUUAUUCAAUUCAAAUGAUAAAUGGUAAGAAUAUGUAUUAUAUAUUUUAAAUCUGUACACAUAGUUGGUGUAAGUUAUAAACCUUUUAAUCUGUCUAAUCAAUUACAUAACUUCUUACUUAGUUUAAAAAGUAUGAAGAUAUAGCGACUCACGUGCAAUUGGGUUUAUUCUCAUUUAACUCAGUUAAGCCCUUUUGCUAACUCAUUUAGCGGACAAAGUCAUCCGCACUAUAACAAUUUAUUGUACCCUUAUUAUUUUGUGUUUGUAUGAAAUACGUAUCUUGAAUAUUGCUUACGGCCUACGCAUUUAUUCGCUCUGCUAGUCUUACUACUAACUGCUUAUUUGAUUCGAUUACUCAUUCAUUUCACAUGCUAUAUAUAUGUCCAUGUUAUUCAUAUUCAACUCUCACACGCUCUCGUCUCGCUCUGACUCUCGCUCUCGUUCGCUUGCUUGCCUUUCGGCACAACUCUUCUAUACUUGUUUAACGCAUCUGUACAUUUGGAUAUAUGUGUGUGGUCUCGUAAUAAACGUAAUCAACACUUCGUAUUUGCCUUCUGAUUAAUAUACCGUUGGGACGUUAUAUAGAACGGUUAUCAAGACGAACUGUAUGCGAAGUUUAAGGAUCAUAUCGAAUACCGACCACCACAAAGACUUUAAUUUGAUGAAUCGUUAUACCGCUGCAUUCGCCUGUUUAAUAUUAGUUUUCGUUUUAUUUUUAUUUAAGAGAGGAGAAAUUCAAGAUCGUUUAUGUGUUGUAAAACAUUUCAUAUCGUUCUAUAUAUUAAACUGUGUAAUCUGAUAUAUUUUAGCAUGUUUCGAUAGAUUAAUAUUUGACAUUAAUUUUGGUCUUCUUGUUAUCAAAGUGAAGUUGUUUUAUUAAAAUGAUUUUUGAAUCACCAUGUUAAAGAAAAUAGUUGCUAUCCUAAAAGCACGACAAAGCUGCCAGAGAAUCUAAGGGAUUCCGUCAAAUCAGCACCCUAUAGAACCUUCUGGGAUAUCAACGUGGCAUACUAAGAUUGAACAGUAGCAUAACUUACCUCUUUGCGGAUUGGUUGAAUUGUGAUGAUGUUAUAACAAACGCUAAUAUCUAUAAAUACCCAUGAUUUUUCGUACAUUUUGAUUCUUAUCCAGCAAACACUUCUUCAGCCUUCUGUCUUCUAAUUUUGAGACUGGGGUUCUAAACUUUCGAGUACCGUAGUUGUAUACCGUAUUCUGCGUUAAUCAAGUGGUGAACAUAACAAAGUAUAAAAUAAGUUAUGAUUUUCAGUACAUUAUGCUGAUAUCAUGAAGUAUGUUCGCAUUUUUUGAUAUUCACUAGUGUGAAAGGAUUCUAACUGUGCAAAUCAACACAAAAUUGAUUUUGAUUUGAGAGUUUAUAUAUGUAUAUAAUUAUGAUACUAUAAUUUUCAGAUUUGCCAAUAUCAUAUUUAUUACAUAAUUAACAUUUUAUAAGUCACAAUAUUUACCAUAAUAAAUUCAUAGUAAGAAUAAUUCUGAAAUGAUUAAUAUUUCGGUUACAGAAUCAUUUUACGAGUCAAUAUUUUUGGAAUUCGGUUCAUUUCUAAUAAAACUUGGUCAUCAUGAAGCUGCUAUGUAUUAUUGUAAUUUAGCUGGAAAAAUGGCUGAUUCAUUAAAAGAAGAAAUAGAUUUUCUUUUGUCGUAGAAUAAACUUUAAACUGACAAUAACAUUCAUCAUCAUUUUUGAACUUCAUAACGAUGAUAAGAAACCAAACAAUUUUUGCCAUUUCCUUAAUCUCAUAUUUUUUUUCUGUUCAUUCCUCAUUUAUUUUAACCAAAAAUACGAGUGGAUAUUGUUGACUGUGAUAGAUAGAACUAUAUAUAAUAAAUCAUUUGACUUGACUAUUAUUAUAUUCCGUUUUGCACCUCUUUUUGUAUUUUUUUUUACUUGCCAGUAUAUAUGUAUGUGUGUGCGGAUAAAACUAUUUUUCACUUUUUUUUGUAUUUCUGUUUUGUUUUUUUUUCAAAACGUGUAUUCUCAACUUUCCUGCCAACAUUUCAAUUUUGUUGUUUUGAAUUUUGUUUGUAUCGUUGUUUUUCUUCUGUUUUUCAUUUGUUUAUAUAUUUUAAAAGAGAAAGAGGAAAUAAUCAUUUCUACGUGUG